AUGCCUGUUCAUAGGAAGAAGGCCUCUAAGCAUACAGACGCCAUACUUCUCUGGGGGGCAUGCAAGCUCCAGAAAUACUUCACGGCCAAGGGCCUCAUCGACUACUUUGUAGUUAAAGAAGAUCUAUCUCUCCCAAUAACGGGAGGGGUGCUAAUAGGGUCGGGCCUGGCCACGGCGUCCGCGUCGCAGAAGGAGGGAAAGCUUUUUGAAGAGCUAAAGGCUAACAUCAUCCAGGCCUCGCGCGACCUAGAGAAGGAAGCCGAGAUUGUGCAAGAUGUCGAGGCGUCACGGGCUGAUCGGGGUCUCCACGAUGCCGAGAUCAUAUCGUCGUAUGCAUUACCAAGAAGCGGGGACGAUAACGAUAACGACGGCGGCGAUGGUGGUGAUGACGAUAACGGUAAAGAAGAAGGCGGCGCAGUUGAUACGGACGUAGAUCUCGGACGCAUUCUUGCCGCAGUGGAGAGUAUACUCAGAGACGCAUAUAAGUUAUACAGCAACAAGUCAUCUAAUCACAAGAUAACGCAGCAGCGUGCAAAGAGGCUAAGCAAUUUCCGCAGCGAUCCGCAGCGACAAUAG